AUGUCGGCCUUCAUGGUUGUCAUCUCCGUGGUGAUGGAUUUCAACAUCUCCAUCACAUCGGCGAUGUGGACAUUUCAUCCUUUCAUCCUUCAGACUAAACGCUUCUACACUGUUCUGAUAUGGCGCAGGGUACUUGCCUUCUUAUGUGCUUCUCAGUUUCUUCGAAUAAUAACAUUCUAUGCAACACAGCUUCCAGGACCUAAUUAUCAUUGUCACGAGGGCUCACCUCUGGCUAGAUUACCACCACCCCAGAAUGCAGCUGAGGUCCUUCUGAUUAAUUUCCCAAAAGGAGUGAUUUAUGGAUGUGGUGACUUGAUAUUUUCAUCCCACAUGAUUUUCACCCUAGUUUUUGUCAUAACAUACCAGAAAUAUGGAAGCAUAAGGUUUUGUAAGAUGCUUGCUUGGUGCAUAGCUAUUGCUCAGAGUCUUCUUAUUAUAUCUUCUCGCAAGCAUUACAGUGUUGAUGUUGUUGUUGCAUGGUAUACUGUGAAUUUGGUGGUUUUCUUUGUGGAUAAGAAGCUUACAGAACUUCCUGAUCGAUCGGUGGGAUACACAUCAGUACUUCCUGUGAGUUCAAAGGAUAAAGAUACCAAGUUGAAAGAAGAAAAUACGAGAUUGCUGAAUGGUAACUCUAUGGAUUCAGCUGAUCGGAGACCACGAACACAAAUGAAUGGAAAGCAAAUUCAGAAUGAAAGCCAUGUUGAUAGUGAAACUGUGAAAACAUGA